AUGCAAGACUAUUUCGAUCGGCAAGUGUUCAAAGGGUCUGUGGAUGUUACUGAAUUGAGCUUUGUGGGCACCAUUGGCUUUGCUUUUUGCGGUCUGAUGGGCCCUAUCACACCCUUCUUUAUGUCACUCGUAGGUGCUCGCUGGGUGAUGUUCUUUGGCACCGUUUUGAUAUCAGCUGGUCUGGUAUUAGCGAGUUUCUCUACUCAGGUGUGGCAAUUGUAUAUUACUCAAAGUGUUAUGCACGGCAUGGGUGCGGCACUCUUGUACAUUGUUUCCAUGUCAAUAUCACCGCAAUGGUUUGUAAAGAGACGAGGGUUUGCUAUGGGCAUCAUGGUUAGCGGUUCUGGUAUAGGCGGCUUGAUUAUGCCCUUCGUCAUGACAACGCUGAAUGAAUCACUGGGAGGAGCUUGGUGCUAUCGGGUGCUAGGCAUCAUCACCUGUGUCGUAAGUCUGAUUUCGACAUUGCUGUUAAAAGAGAAACCCAACAUGCCCAACGCCAAAAAGGUGCAGCUCAAGGAAAUGAUAAAUCUCAGUAUCUGCAAAGACCAUAAAUUCAUUAUUUGGUGUGUUGCAGGCAACUUGAGCAUGUUAUCAUACUUUGUCCCUGCAUUCUUCCUGCCAUCGCAUGCCACAAAGAUUGGAUUGUCGCCAAAUCAGGGGUCUGUGCUAGUGGCUAUCUUCUCUGCUGUCAAUGUGUUGGGUCGCAUCAUCUCUGGUUAUUUGGGUGACCAUAUCGGCGUCGUCAAUGUCGAUAUCGUCUUUUUAUUCACAUGUGGACUAAGUUCACUUUUUGUGUGGACGUUUGCCAAUUCGUUCAUCACGCUCAUGAUCUUUAUCAUCAUUUACGGCUUUAUGAGCGGUGCCGUGUUUUCGCUUUUGGCGCCAAUCACCGCUACCAUCACUGGCAUGGAAAAGUAUCCAUCUGGUAUUUGUCUGUAUCUUUUCUUCAUGACUGGAGCAAGAUUCGGUCCUUCGUUGGCAGGCGCAAUACAGGCAGCAACAAACAAGCACUCAUUUUUUGCACAUCAAAUGUUUACAGGACUCGCAUUCAUACUAUCAGCAUUCGUAACCCUGUAUCUCAAGUAUACAUUACAGCCCAAAAUUUUGGCAAAGGUGUAA